AUGAAAACUUCCUUUUCAAGGAAAAACUGUGAUAAAGAUGCUUUUGCAAAAGUCCUAACCCUUUGCUGGCAAAUCUGGAAAGCCAAGAAUGAUUUAUCUUUCAGGAAUAUCAAUACAAGACCACAAACUGUCAUCUCUGUGGCUGCAACCAUUCGAAAUAGUUACAAUUUAUAUAAUCAAGCUUCUCUUGGAGGUGGUCCUCAACAACCCCCUGAAGUCAUCACUUGGCUUUCCCCUCCAAACAAGACUGUGAAGAUAAAUUUUGAUGGUUCAGUUUCAAGCAAUUCUGCUGCUUCAGGAGCCAUCAUCAGGGACUCAAAGGGCAAUCCGAUUCUUGCAAGCACAAGGAAUUUGGGGAGCACGUCGGUCCCUGUUGCGGAAGCCACUGCUUUAAGGGAUAGUCUCCUCAGUGUGAAAGAGAAAGGGUUUAUUGAUGUUGUUGUGGAAGGGGACUCGAAACUGGUGAUCGAUGUUAUGACUCAGAAAAUCAAUCCCCCUUGGAGAAUCCAUCAAAUUGUGGAUGAUAUUAGGAAAAUUGCAGAGAGUUUCAGCUCAAUCUCAUUUCAUCAUGUCUACAGAGAAGCAAACUUUGCGGCGGAUGCAGUUGUUAGCUAUGGACAUCAAAACUCCUCCGGUAGAGUUUAG